CGUCGUUGAGUGUUUAUUUACCUUCUCCCAGUCGUGUUCUCCACACACACCGUGAACGAUGGAGUUCUUGAGUCAAAGUGAGUUGGACGAGCUGGAGAUGAUUAACAUUGAAAUGCAAAUGAUAAUAUUGCGAAGGAGGAUACGAGAAGAAGAACCAGAAAACAGUAGACGGAGGCUCAGGUUUUCACCUCUCGCUCGACCUGUGAGGGAAAUGGACCAAACAGAGGAGAUCCGGAGCUUUGACCACCUGGGACCACACGUUAAACACCGGGCGACGUCGUCCAGCUACGACAUGCCCUCAACUGCCAGCAUGGCCAUCGACAAAGGACCAUCGCCAUCAACCUCCCCCGAGCCAUCCAGCUCCUCAUCACCUGAGGCCUCCCCCGAGCCAUCCAGCUCCUCAUCACCCGAGGCCUCCCCCGAGCCAUGCAUUACCUUACCAGAGGCCUUCGUCAGGGCAACCACCUCAGCUUCUCUGUUGACCAGUUUCCCGGCUUCCUUCACCCUGUCCGACCCUCCAGCCUCCAUGAUGCCGCCAUCUCCUCUGUCCCGCAUGCCCAAAAGAAAAAGGCAGAGACAGCAGGACAACGUGGUGAUGGAGUUUCUGGAACAGAGAGGCACUGCUCUGCGUCAACACAAGGAAGCGGAUCAGUUCACUCGCUUUGGAGCUACUUUGGCGGAUGUGAUGAGGAAAAUGCCCGCAGAGAGAAAGCAUGAAGCCAUGUGCAAAGUUUAUAACAUUGCAGCGGCCUUUCUAAAGGAAUGAACGACAGACACUUUAUAUUUUGCAUGUGCUUCAAUAUUUUGUCUACUUGGUAUUGUUUUGCAGUGGUUUUUGCACUUUUUUUACUUGGAUAUUUUGCACCUUGUUUGUAUUUUUCUAGUGUGUUAUAAUA